AUGACUGCACCCGCCACAAAACAGCGAAUUAUCAUCACUGGUGCCUCAGGAGUCCUAGGAACUGCUGUACGCGAAGCCUUCGAACGUGCAGGGAAUUUUCAAAUCCUCAGUCUUUCUCACACACGAUCAGGCAACGACCUAAUCAGACUCGACCUUGUUGACAAGAAUGAGGUCGACAAAGUAUUUACUGCAUUUAACCCCGACUGGGUGAUCCAUUGCGCUGCAGAAAGGAGACCGGAUGUCGCUGAAAAGGAUCCUGAUGGUACCCGCAGACUCAAUGCAGAAGUUCCCGCUCAUCUCGCUUCCAUGGCCAAAUCUUUGAAUUACACUCUGGUCUAUAUUUCUACGGACUACGUGUUUGACGGUACUUGUCCUCCCUACGGCCCGUCUGCGAAGACGAACCCGCUUCAGCUUUAUGGAAAGACCAAACGUGAUGGCGAAGAGGCCGCAAUGUCCAUGGACCGCGCAAAGGUCAUCGUUCUGAGAGUCCCGGUCCUGUACGGCCCAGCGCCGAAGAAUUCUGAUAGCGCCAUCAACAUCCUCCUUGACGUCGUUCAGGACCAAUCAGGGAAAACCUAUAAGAUGGAUCACUAUGCGACGCGUUACCCUACCAACGUCGUUGAUAUCGGCAAUUUCCUAGUCAAGCUUACUGAGCUCAAGAAACCCAUCCCUCCCAUCCUCCAUUAUUCUGCCGCCGAGCCCUUCACCAAAUACGAGAUCUGCCUCAUAUUUUCCAAGAUACUUGGGUUACCCCAUAAGCACAUCAUCCCUAAUGCCGAGCCGCCUACAGGCCCUGGGGCAACGACCCGUCCCAAAGAUUGCCAACUAUAUACACAAGAAACCGAGGAUCUUGGAAUUGAGGGCGGCCUUGGCUUAUCGCUUUUCGAGGAGUGGUGGACUCAAUACCUCAACAAGUAA